CCGGAAAUCAAGGACUCCACUUCCAACGUACCGUAGUGCGAUUGUCCUCCGUAUCAUCAUCAUCAUCAUUAGCACCGAAGGCAUUUCGCCAUCGCACAACGGAACAAAGGACGAAGAGCCAUCGAUCACUAGGACUACACGUCUCCGUUGAAUCGAAUCCAUCGUUCGAAUCGACGUGAAUGAUAUCCGCGAAGCCAUAGAAUAGGUCCCUUCCYUAGCACAGUCUCGGGCACGACGAGAACGACACACAAACCCGAACGGCACCAUGAACGACACGCCUCGCAGCCCAAAACGGUUGCUGCUGGUGGUUGUGGCCCUCGUGCUGGCGUGCACAACGGCCGUGUGCGACGCCAGGCGGCACCUACCCGUGGCCGGGAUCUUUGGCUUUAACGGGGAUCGCAACAAGCAAAAACCGCAGCAGCAACAGCCACCGCAACGGCCGGGAAACGGACAGCCACCGCCACCGCGGCCGGGGCAACCGGGUGGGAGCACCACCUUUGUCCGACCCCCGCCGAAGGGAUACCCCCCUCCCCCGCCAAAGCGACAACCACCGCAGCAGCAGCAACAACAACAACAGAACACGGCAACGCAACAAAGACAAACCACGCCUCCGGCGAAAAUUCCCCCCCCYCCGCCGCCACCUCGCCGGCCCGGGUCCCUCGAGGAGAAGAUCGCCAUCGAGAUCAAGUCAGCGAGGGAGGAGGCCGACGAGGAGGCCUCGAAGGCAGGCGCAGCGCCCGGGGAAACAACCGGAAGCAAGGACGAGCCCGGGCCACCGGAGGAAGACGCGACCGCUGUGCUCGGGAGCGGCGGAGACGAGGGCAGCAGCGAUGUUCCCGCCGCUCCCGAGCCUCCGCAGGGAAAGACCCCUUCACCAGACCCCAAAACAGAACAAACGCAGCAGCAGCAGCAGCAGCAGCCACCGCCCGUAGCUAGCUGGGAAGAACCAUCGCCCCAAGCCAACUACGAUGCGUGGCAGGGGGGAGGCGCACAACAACAGCAGCAGCAGUAUUACGAUCAGUAUAACCAGGGACCGAAUUCGUAUCCCGACCAACAACACCAACAAUACGAAUCAAACCUUUACUAUCUCGAGCAAGAACUGAGCGAAUCCCUCGCCCGCGAGCACUCCCUCGUAGCCCAGCUCGACAACCUGACGACCACMGCUCUGUCCCUCGAACAGAGGGAGGUCUUGCACAAGCACCAGCUCGAUGUUCUGACGGAACGAGUCGUCGACGUGGAGGCCCGGGCCGCCGACGACCGCAACCUCUUGGUCGAAUACGAGGCGAAUUGCACGGCUCUGGGAGCCAACAUUCUUUCCAUGCAGGAAGACCUGGAGGAGUGGCAGGAGCGCUGCAAGGAGUGGAGCCAGAAACACGAGGACGACCAAGAGAAGCUGUCCGAACUGCGGCUGCUCAUCAAGGAAAAAGUCUCCGAGGCCGAAGACCUGGCAAUCGCAAUGGAGGAGCUGCGGAUCACGGAAGAACGACGCCAGGAAUCGACCUCRAAGGCUAAGGCCAAGAAGGGGGGCCUGAUUUCCUGGGUCUUUGGCCUGAUGGGUUUUAGUGGAGGCAGCGCCAAAACCGCAAGGUAYGACGAGGARGUCCGCGAGGAUGCCUUUGAGCUGGCCAAGUCCACCCUGCUCCGGGCCCUCCAGUCCGAACGCUCCAAUGUCCACGAACUUGAGACGGCUGUUGCCUCCCUUCAGCAAAACAACUCGGCAAUUUCCGAAAUGGUGGAGUCGAGGGACAACAUCAUYGAUGAACUGAACAGCCGGAUUGCCGUCUUUGAAGAAGACAAGGUCGUUCUCAAGGCAGCCCUCAGGCAGCUCCAAAAGGAGAUGAAGGAAGAAGAACCAAAGACCCAAAAACUGAUCGAYGAUCUGGCCGAGGCSGAACAAGAAGUCGAGCGGGUCAAGGCGGACUUUCAUUCCAUCAUCGAGACCCACCAAGAGGAGCUGGCCAACCUGCAGAACGUGAUGUCCCAAAAGGAAAAGUCGAUCACGGAUGCCGAAUCGAAUCUCACCGCUAUCGGGACCUACGUGGACAAGCUCGAGGAGCGCCUUACCUCCUUUGCCAUUACGCGGCGGGACAUGGAAGAACGCGAGAAAAUAUGCAAGGGCAUCGAGAAGAAGGCGGAAGAGAGUGAAACACAACGAAAAUCGAUGGAGACCAAGGUAGAAGAACUGGAGAAACAAGAAGACGAGCUGAAGAAACUCCUGGAAGAACUCGUUUCUGAACGAGCGGGUCUCCAGAAGGAGAACCGAAAACUUUACACGGAACAAGAGUUUCGAAUUGCAGAGCAGGAAAAACUCACACUUCAUUGUGAAACACUGCAAACCGAAGUUGCCUCUUUGCGCGAAGGGAUCGAGGAAUGGAAGAACAAAUGCGAGAGUCUUGUCCCGGAUUUGGAAGCGUCCAGAAAAUGUCGGGAAGAUCUCGAGCGGGAUGUAGAAGCCAUGGCCGGUGCACAGAAGGAGUUGAAUACGCUUCAAAUCGAACAYGCUGUCGUCGUUGAAAAAAACGAGAAACUUCAGGAGGAAACUGAGGCCGCRAUUGCAGAGAAGCAACUGCUCGAAGCCAAACUCGUGGAAUUGAUCAAAAUCAUAGAGGARAAGGAAGAAGCCGAAAAAUUGGCCAAGGAACUGGCGGCAGCGAACGAAGCCAAAAGACUGGCCAAGGAGACAGAGGCCAAGCGACAGCUUCCUCCUCCACUACCAUCGAAGCCGAAAGCGAACGAUGUGCCUUUGCGAAGCAUAAGGAAAACCUUGUCAAAGGCCACGGGAAUCCAUGGUGUAUUGACUCCUCCCUCCUCGGCAAARAAGGAGGCAAACGCAAACACCAGUAGACGACCAACAGCGCGACCACCUCCCGUCAAUUUUGCUCCACCGGMACACGUCUCUGAAAUGAACUCAUCUCGUGAGGAAAUAAGUCGGGACGGUGUCAAUCACAACGAUUCUAGCCCCCCUCAGCUCCCACCWCCAAUGGCAUUCCAAUCAGAAACGCAGCAACAAUAGCUGAAGAACCCUAAAYGGGAUGAAAACUUGAUGAUURAUAAUCGAGUACUAGURCAAUCCAAUCAGAUGUAACCAGCUCGAAAACUUUUGUCGAAGACAUUACAAUCGUCCAUUGUAAGAUCUGUGCAUCAUACUAUUUCUGAGCGUUGACCCUCUCAAGGUGAAGUGCACCAAGCAGCUAGUAGAAUUUAAUUUUUUUGCAAUGCUGCCUGACGAAGACCACAAUUGCCCAACAUGAAGCCACCAUUCCUUUUCUUGUUAGAAAAAUCCAGAAGAAAAAUUUACURGUAGUGCUAUAUUGUUAUGAAUCUAUCCCCUUGAUAUCACAAUGGUUGCUACUCUCUUCAUCGUACAAUGUCAAGUGGUCCUCUGACAACUCUACUAAAGUUAGUGUUAUCAU